AUGCUCGCGUGUACACUCUGUCACAAUCGCAAGGUCCGCUGUGAAGCUGACGCCGAAUCAAACGGCUAUGUAACAUGCAAGGCUGCUGGAGUUGAGUGCGUUCCGCGCUCUAGAAAGCGUCGUCGCGCGGGAACAGCCCCAAUCACUCGACAAAACAAUGAUAAUAGUAGUCCAAAUGACGGUAAUGAGAAUCGACAGAGUGUCUCACAGGCGUCUGAAGUAGGGAUAGAGAUGCCGGUGGGACAACCUGUGUAUCAGACCCCAUCCACAAGUCAGGACACCACUUACAUUGGAAGAGGCCACUAUGUCGCAGACGAUGAUGAGAUCGAUGAGACGAGUGCUCGUGCAUUCGAGCCAGCAAAGAUCAAGAAGGAAACCUUGGCUCUUUGGAAAGCCUUCGACAUACCUCCCCAAGCCGCUCGUCAAAGCCUGCUAAGUGCUUUUCUGGACUACUGCAACUUGUGGACACCUGUGCUGGAACCAAAGGAUAUUCAAGCCCUUUCAUGCUUUGAACAAGAAAAGAGUUCGUUGCUUCUGGCCCAAUCGUUAUGGUUGGCUGGCAGUCGGGUCACGAAUUCGCCUUCAGUGGUUGCAUUUGCAUCGUCGGAUGACUUCUAUCACAGAGCCAAAACAGUCUUUUGGUCUGGGGUAGAGACGAAUGGGCUGUCUGCCAUCAAGGCCUCACUGAUGCUUCAAUGGUACAACCCGCAGGCUCCUGAGCAUAUUUCGUUUGACAACAGUGGUUUCUGGCUCAAAAUUGGAGUCGGCAUCGCCCAUCAGAUUGGUCUUCACAGGGAAUCCCCUCCAGGACCAUCUAGGGUAAUUCGACGAAGGUUGUGGUGGAGUUUGGUAGUGAGAGACUCGUUGAUCUCGGUCGCGCAUGGUAGACCACGGAUCAUAAAUCUCGACGACAGCGAUGUCUAG